AGUGUCGCUCAAAAUUUUAUUUUAUAUAACCUUUUUUUUGUUUGUGUUGAAAUUAAAAAUUCAAAUUGAAUUAUCAUUUUAAGAUUUUUUUUAGAAAAGAAGAAAGUCACUUCAGCCAAGUAAACUUCAUUUACUGUUGCAUAUUGUUCAAUAUAAAUUUUUAUUUUUAGUGAAAAUUAAAUAGGUGAAUAAUUAUUUUUGGACGGAUAAAAAAAAAAAAGACAAAAGUAUCGAGAGCCACGCUCCUAACGAAGCAUGCGGGGCGCUUGAAUAGAUCAAACGAGUUAGUGAGAGAGUAGUUUUACUAUUAAGACAGGUGGUGAACGCGGGAAGUGGGGACAAAACACUGGGAACCGGAUAACUCCGAAUCUUCAUCGUAUACCAAAAAAACUCUCAUCUUACUUCUCUCUGUCUUCUUACAGUUUUCGAAGAUAUGGAUAGAAUUUGAGGAUUCAGCAGUCUGCCACACCUUACCCGAAACCCAAACCGCCAUUUCUCCUCCCACCCCCAUUAAUUUAAUACCACCCCCUUUCUCCGUUUCUCCCAUUUAUUUUUUUUUUCCCCUCAUCCUCUCAACUUCAUACUUCACCUAUCAUUGAUCCUCAUUCUGCUUAUGUUUACGUUACUUUGACAAUCUCUGUGGAGAGUACUCUUUGUGGCAACACCAAGCAUUUGAAGAUCUUGAAGUUACCAAGUGGUUCUAAUUAAGGAUCUGAUUUGUGAAAAAAGGAACUGUAUAUGGUCGUAUCACUGGCUUUCUUUGUUGAAGGUUUUAGUAAUGAUGAUGAUAAACUUGGAAAUGGAUUCUUUUGUUUUACACCAACAAAGCAACCGUGGGAUCAUGGAUGAUGUGCUUCUUGUUAAGAAACCAGCUGGUGCUGAUGAUGCUGUUUGUUCUCCUUCCUCAUCUGAGGUUUCCAGUGUUGUUUCCUCUGGAGAUGAUUCAGAUUUGUUUGAAGAAGAAGUCAAUUCGCCAACUUCGGAUUCAUCAGCUUCUGCUUCUUCAUCUGGUGAUAAUAUCCAGCUCGCUGCAUCUCAAUUUUCUUCUGGACCUUUGCAGGACAUGUCCUCCCUGCUUCAAGAACUUCCUAUCAAGAGAGGAUUGUCUAGGCAUUAUAAUGGGAAAUCACAGUCAUUUACAUCAUUGGCUAAUGUGACAAGUUUGGAAGAUCUUGCCAAGCCGGAGAAUCCUUACAACAAGAAGCUUAAAUCUUGCAGAAGCUAUGGAGGAUUGUUUGAGAGCCAUGGAUCAACAUCUAUCCAUCACAAAGGGAGUUCUUCAAGGCUGAUUUCCAAGAAGACUGCUAGAGGAUCUUGUUCUUCACUUUGUGUAAAGAGAAAUUCCAGCUUCUUAGGGAGUAGGCCUCCUAUCCCUCCUCCCCAUAGAUCUGCUAGCACAACUAACUUUACUUCCCAACGCCCUUUGUUUGCUUUGGGGAUCUGAAAUACUAAAAUCUUUUUGUACACUUUUUAUGCAACUUUCUUUGUUAUAUUUUUAGCUGCAUUUUUUGUGUUGUAUAUGCAGUUUGAGGCCUCCCAUCUUCUUGAGUCUUAACCAUUAGAAGUUGUUUCUUUGUUCCUCGUACAAGAGGUACUUUGAUAUGUUAUUUCGUGUUUUACUGUUAAUUUGGUUUCAUUACUAAGGUCAAUCCCUCGAGAGAGAUGUGAUUAUGCAACAUAGUACAACAGAAAAAGAAAUCUGCUACAAAAUUAAGGAUUUUGUUAUUGAAUUUACUAAGCAUUGCCAACUUCUUAAAUGGGCAUACUAGACAACUCGGAAGUGGGAUUUUAUACGCCUCCACACAAAUCUGCUCAUGUUAUCAUAUUAACCAUGGUAUUGACCCAAAUAUAACAUCAAAAAGAAGGCGACUAUGAAUGAUGAGCCAAAUCCCUUUCUUCCAUAAAUCCAGAAGAGAAGUCUGAGCUUGAUCCUAAGCUACCAGAGCAAUGCAACGGGAUCGAAAAACAAAAAGUCCAUAUCUAGUCCAGCAUUUAUCAAUGCAUCUUCGAAACCAUCUUCGCUCUGCCAGGGAGCCACCU